CCUAUGCGGCCCCCCAGAGACCAUGGGAUCCAGGAUCAAACAAAAUCCAGAAACUACCUUUGAAGUGUAUGCAGAAGUAACCUAUUCAGGAAUCAGUUGCAUUGGGAAAGAUCCUGAGGUGCGGAGGCAAUUCCCAGAGGACUACAGUGACCAGGAAGUUCUACAGACUUUGACCAAGUUUUGUUUCCCCUUCUAUGUGGACAGCCAUGCAGUUAACCAAGUUGGGCAGAACUUUACAUUUGUGCUUACAGACAUUGACAGCAAACAGAGGUUUGGAUUCUGUCGCUUAUCUUCUGGGGCCAAGAGCUGCUUCUGUAUCUUAAGUUACCUUCCAUGGUUUGAAGUCUUUUAUAAGCUGCUCAAUGUCUUGGCAGAUUAUUCAGCAAAAGGACAGGAUAGUCAAAGGAGUGAGCUCCUAGAAACAUUUCAUAAACUUACUAUCCCUGAGCCAGGAACCUCUGUUCAUCUUGGAGUGCACUCAUACUUUACUGUGCCUGACAUCAGAGAGCUUCCUAGUAUACCUGAAAAUAGAAAUCUGACAGAGUAUUUUGUAGCAGUUGAUGUCAACAACAUGCUGCAUCUCUAUGCCAGUAUGCUCUAUGAACGCCGCAUCCUCAUUUGUUGUAGUAAGCUGAGCACUUUAACUGCCUGCAUUCAUGGGUCUGCAGCUAUGCUCUACCCGAUGUUCUGGCAGCAUGUUUACAUUCCUGUUCUGCCCCCACAUCUAUUGGACUACUGUUGUGCCCCAAUGCCCUACCUCAUUGGAAUACAUUUAAGUUUGAUGGAGAAAGUAAGAAACAUGGCCCUGGAAGAUGUAGUGAUUCUUAAUGUAGACACCAACACACUGGAAACCCCUUUUGAUGACCUUCAGAGUCUUCCUAAUGAUGUGGUUUCUGCACUGAAGAACAGAUUAAAGAAAGUCUCUACGACCACUGGAGAUGGUGUUGCAAGAGCAUUUCUAAAAGCACAAGCAUCUUUCUUUGGGAGCUACAGAAACGCCCUGAAAAUUGAACCUGGUGAACCCAUCACUUUUUGUGAAGAAACAUUUGUGUCCCAUCGUUCUGCUGUCAUGAGGCAGUUUCUUCAGAAUGCCAUUCAGCUCCAGCUCUUUAAGCAGUUCAUUGAUGGCCGUCUGGAUCUGCUUAACUCUGGAGAGGGUUUCAGUGAUGUUUUUGAAGAGGAGAUAAAUAUGGGAGAAUAUGCAGGUAGUGACAAAUUGUACCACCAGUGGCUCUCUACAGUAAGGAAAGGAAGCGGAGCCAUUUUAAAUACAGUAAAGACCAAGGCUAACCCUGCCAUGAAGACUGUCUAUAAGUUUGCAAAAGAUCAUGCAAAAAUGGGAAUAAAAGAAGUGAAAAACCGCUUGAAGCAAAAGGACAUUGCUGAGAAUGGGUGUUCUGCAACACCGGAGGAAUCUCUACCAAGGACAGCGCCUUCGCCAUUGGUUGAAAAGAAGGACCCUAAAUUAAGGGAAGACAGGAGACCAAUCACAGUACAUUUUGGUCAGCAGCAAAGACUCCGUCCGCCUCGGCCACCGCCUCCAAAGAUACAGCGUUCAUCUAGGCCCGUUCGCCCGCCAAGACCUCAUGUUGUUAAGAGACCCAAGAGCAAUAUUGCUGUGGAAGGAAGAAGGACUUCAGUUUCUAGUCCAGAACACCUUGUAAAGCCUUUGCGACACUAUACAGUCUUCCUCUCUGAGGACUCUUCUGAUGAUGAAUUUCAGCAGGAAGAGGAUCCUGUCUCUGGCUUCUCUGAAAACUUUUUCUUCUCUGCUCCUUUUGAAUGGCCUCAGCCGUACCGGGCCCUGAAAGAAUCUGAUAGUGCUGAUGGGGAAGAGGCGGUAAGUCCAGAAAAAUCAAAAGAGCCUCUGCCUCCAAGCCCUCUGCUGUCAAGCAAGGCCACAGAAAUCAACCUCCUUGAAGACAUUUUCCCUAACCUAGAAGUAGAAACACAGCCUCAGCCUCUCAGCCAAGCUAAGAGCCUGGAAGACCUGCGGACACCCAAAGAAGAGGGAGAUCAGCGGUGCACAUUUGAUUACCAGAGAAUGGAUCUUGGUGUAUCUGAGAGGAACAGGAUUGUGCCAACCAUGAAGCUGUCUCACCCUUAUAACAAGCUGUGGAGUAUGGGUCAUGAUGAUAUGGCUAUUCCUACCAAGUAUUCCCAAAGCUCACCGGAAAGGCCCUUGACUGCACUUGGUAACAUGCCACCAAUCACAAGGAGACCCCGGAGCAGAGACAGCGUUCUGGCUCCUGCUGAAAAGGAUGAAUCAAAUCCUGCCAUUCAAGGGAACAUCACCAUUCCUAGGCCACAGGGAAGAAAGACUCCUGAACUGGGGAUAGUGCCACCACCACCAGCACCCAGGGCUUCCAAGCAUCAGACUCCAGCUGGGCCAACAGAAAGUCUCACCACCCAUGCUACAGGACGUAGCCAUUUGGUUUCAGAUCUUAUCCCAGAGCCCUUUGGAGUUGGUAGUGUGUCCUUAGACCCUGAAAUCCAGCAGUCUAUAAAUUAUUCCUCUCAUCCGUCUCAGCUUUUGUCCAGUGCUACCAGCACUGCUGAGAUGCUCCAACCUGUCAAGGUGAAGACAGACAAUACAGGUAAUGAAAGCGACUACCUUCUUAAUCUCCUGGAUCCAUUAAAAACAGCCAGCUGGCAAAGCAGUGGCCCACAGCAAGGUCCCCGCAGGCUGCAAAGCUCAGCCACUCCACCUUCUGCAGCUAGCUUUGUCUCAGUGGCAAGUGACUUUGUGCCUCCUCCAGCCGCACCAUUUGUCCAACCACUUGGUUAUCCUUCCCCAGCACGACCACCUUUUUUACAGCCGUCUCCUAAUCCAUUUACACAAACAGUGCCAGGAGCCCUUUCAGUGUCUCUAGUUAGACCCCCAAGGGGCUCUUUCACCCCCUCUUUAGGUCACGCUUAUAGCUCUAGCUUCAUAACACCCAAUUCUAGCUUCUACCCACCACAAAGACCUCAACCAAACAUUUCAACACUAUCCAUGCCAAACUUGUUUAGCCAGGCUCCAGGUGUGCCACCAGCUAGCUCCUUAUUGCUGCAGAGCCACAGCCCUUCUCCAACAAGCUCUCUACAGCCAGCAUGUUUAAGCGGUCCUUCUAAAACCAGAACAUUACAAGUGGGCCAGUCCAGCUCAAAGGUAGAUCCCAAACAAGCACUAGCUCUCCUGUCUAAUGAACCCCCUUUGAUCCCUUCCAGGCCAGCUAAGGGCUUAGAGUCAGUGUUACUAUCCUCAAAAUCUGAGGAGACAAAAGAUCCAUUUGAAGAUUUGUUAAAAAAGACAAAGCAAGACGUGUCGUCCACACCAGGUAAGGUUGAACAGCUCAGAAAGCGAUGGGAAACCUUUGAGUAAUACUCCCAAUGGCCUUUUGAUGUCCCUUUGGAAUUGACUGAGGGUUUUUUUUGUUUUUUUGAGCCAGCAUAAAACCAAGCAUUUCUUUUAUGGAAAGCUGAGCCAGGAUAGCUGCAGGACCAUCACCGUGCUGCCAUUCACAUGAGUGCUUUUUGCCCAGAGUUCAGAAUCCCCCCAUUGUCCUGGUCCCUGCAACUGCUUCCUCACUCUCCACCACUGAAAACCCCUGUGACUCUUGCACUGACCAAAGCAUGAGGGUAGUUGGGUUUGGGGUUUAGGUUUCGUUUCGUUUCGUUUUCCACACAUAGCUUUUCAGACAAUACUACUGAUGCAGAAGUUACUCCUUCCCUUGUAUUUUCAGUCCUUAGCGCAGCCGGGAGCAUGACACGGCACGUUGUACUAGUGUUUUCUUCCUGCCUGUGUGAAUGGUGUUCAGUUUUUCUUGCAUUACACAUAUAGCUAUAAAGUUUUGCUUUCACAUGUAAAGUGCAGCAAACAAACCCAGACUUGUGGGCUGCGCUGAAUUAACCCAUUGGGCUCUGAGUUUGUCCUGUCUUGAAAUACAGACGUUCAUGUAGGUUAUACUAUUGGAUGAGCUUUUGUUGCGGAUUUUUGAUUUCUCCCCCAGUGUACUGGCACUGAGAGGUAAUAGGGAUCUCUCUGGUGCAGAAUUGUCCUAACUCCUUGUUGCAACAAAACCAUAGCACAGAGCAGUUGCUCAGGGUUCGGUCCUGCAUCUCUGUUGGGAAACUGGAAACACCAGCAAUUGAUUUUCUUCUUUGGGUUUUUGUUUGUUUGU